AUGAAAGGUCGUAGUGGAUCCCCAACAAUUAUUCUUGAAGUUGUAGCUGAUUAUGACCUUUGGAUGUGGCAUGCAUAUUUUGGUAUGCCAGGCACCAAUAAUGACAUUAAUGUUUUAGAGUCAUCACAUUUGUUUUCCAAUCUUGCUAAAGGUAUUGCUCCUCCCGCCCAUUAUGUUAUUCAAGGAAAAGAAUAUGAUGUGGGUUAUUAUUUAGCUGACGAUAUAUAUCCAAAAUGGUCUACCCUUGUGCAAACUAUUCGUGAGCCGCGUUCGCCAAAGAAGAAAUAUUUCUCGAUGAAACAAGGAUCAUGUCGAAAAUAUGUUGAACGUGCAUUAGGAGUUUUGCAAGCUCGUUUUGCAAUUAUUGCAGGACCGUCACGUUUUUGGAGAAAAGAAGUGCUACAUGAUAUAAGAACUACAUGUAUUAUACUGCACAACAUGAUAAUCGAGGAUGAGCGUGGUCUUAAUGCACCAAUUCAAGAUGCUGGGGAAGGUCCAACUCCAACAGUAGAAAUGGUAGUUGAUGAAAAUCACCGAUUUGAAUAA